CAUUUAAGAUUUUGAAAAACCCCGCCUCGCGAAUCUGAUGGCGCCUGGAAGAUGGCGGUAGACCCAGAGCUGCUGGAUGCAGUUUUAUCUAACACGGAGGAGUUUUAGUGCAAAAGAGUGUCAAUAGUAUGAUGUCCCAGAGUCCGACUGUGGCAACAAGAAUAACAGGACUCCCGUCAGUCGCAGGAUCUGAGACCGCAGUGGGUCAUCCCAAUCAAGGCAGGGUCGAGACUGUUGCCACCGCACCUGGAACGUCUGUAUUUCAAACUUUGAAUGGAGACUACGUGAACUGUCAGACUAAGGUGAGCGGUGUCGCUCUGGCUGGGACGCCGCUGUCAGGUGGCCCCAACGUGAACAUUACAAGCAACCCUGUAGUUAGCAACGGAUUAGGAAUGGCUGACGGAAACACAAACGUCAACGUUAUUCCCUCCAGCCCAAACAUUGUCAUUCGUACAGCCACAAACUCACAGAACACGGUUUUAUCACCCAGUUUGGGUAGCGGGGCUACUUCGGUAACUAUAAGGCCGCCCGUGCAAAUGGGGACUUCUGGCGCUAUUUCAAACGUGACAACGACCACCCAGAUUGUCACAGCUUCACAAGGAACUUUACAAAAUCCGCUUUUACAAACCGUAACGAGGACGGUCUCCCCGACAGCAGUAGCAGCUGCUGUCCCUUCAAACAUGAAUCAGAGCGGAGUCCGGGCUAUAGCGCCACAAGUGUUCGCUCCCCGGCUGCCUCAGCCCGGGCCAAAUCCGCCUGCUAAUGUCCAGAACAUCCAACUUCCACCAGGCAUGGUCCUUGUUCGCAAUCAGAGCGGGCAGCUUCUGAUGAUGCACCAGCAGACUUUGGCUCAGAUGCAGGCCCAGGCCAAGUCACAGAGCGCAAUGGCCCCUCGGCCCAGCACGCCCACUAUCUCCACGCCAAUCAAGGCUCCUGGGACCCCUAUUGUAGCCCGACACAUGGCGCCGCUAACCGUGACCAAGCAGGGCUCCCCCACUCCCGUUUCUGCCCCAGCUACCACUACCCUUCAGAGACCCCCUAUCUUACAGCAUCCAGUCGCAGGGGCUGCUGGGGCGACGGUGACUCCCUCCUUAGGGGCGGCGGUGCAGCAGACGACACCUCAGAGGACACCUGUAGCGACACCCAACAGAGCCGUUGUUGCCCAGGAGACCAUGGAGAAUGUGAAGAAAUGUAAAAACUUUCUGUCGACGUUGAUCAAGCUGGCGUGUAGUGGAAAGCAGUCCACAGAGACAGCGGCCAACGUGAAGGACCUGGUGCGGAAGCUUCUGGAAGGGAAGAUUGAACCUGAAGACUUCACUGGCCGGUUGUACCGGGAGCUGAACUCCUCACCCCAACCGUAUCUUGUGCCUUUUCUCAAGAGAAGUCUUCCAGCCCUGCGCCAGCUCACGCCAGACUCUGCAGCCUUCAUCCAGCAGAGCCAGGGCCUGACGCCCAGCCCUGCUACGGUCACCCCAGCCAUCGCCGGCCCCUUCCCCGUCACCGCCACCGCUACCGCCGCUGCUCUGGGCGCCACUGCCAACCUCACUGCCCCACGCCCACGCCUCCAGCCAACCACACUGGUACUGAGGGCUCCUCAGCCGGGCGCCAUACGUAAACCACCGCAUGUAACCAUGGCAACGACACCUAUGGUGACUCUCAGGACUCAGCCACAGAACCGAGUGUUCGUGGGGGCGCCAUCUAAGAUGAUAACAGCUGUGGCAUCGAAAGGCAGACCUGGGGACAGUGCUGGAGGAUCUUUCAAGGAUGAUGACGACAUCAACGACGUGGCCUCCAUGGCCGGUGUGAACCUGUCGGAGGAGAGCGCCCGUAUCCUGGCAAUCAACUCGGACCUGGCGGGCACGGUUAUGCGCUCGUGUAAGGACGAGGCUUUCCUUCACACCCCCAUGUUGACACGGAGGAUCGCUGAAAUAGGAAAGAAGUACGGCAUCGCGGAGCUGGGUCCUGAACUGGUGACGUUCGUGUCCCACGCCACGCAGCAGCGGCUCUCUAGCCUCCUGGAGAAGGCGUCGGUCGUCGCCCAGCACAAGAAUGCCAACUUCAAGGAGGGUAAUCAUUACGAGCAGGCCAGUGAUGUCCGGCUGCAGCUCAAGUUCUUUGAGCAGCUGGACCAGAUGGAGAAGCAGCGCAAGGAAGAGCAGGAGAGGGAGAUCCUCAUGAAGGCAGCUAAGUCUCGAGCGCGGCAAGAGGACCCUGAACAGCUGCGUUUAAAACAAAAAGCCAAAGAGAUGCAGCAGCAGGAGCUGGCUGAGAUCAGGCAGAGAGAGGCCAACCUGACGGCUCUGGCGGCCAUCGGCCCGAGGAAGAGGAAGAAGAUGGACUCCCCAGGCAGUUCUGGAGCUGCUGAGGCCUCCUGCUCCUCCUCAGCAAGCUCUGGCUCUGGGGCAUCCAGGCAGUUCACUCGUCAGCGCAUCACUCGCAUCAACCUCAGGGACCUGCUCUACUGCCUGGAGAACGAGCACUCAUCUAGCCACUCCCAGCUCCUCUACCGCGGGCUCCUCAAGUAGACGACGCACCAACGCGCAGCGCCAAACUCAGUUUCACUUUUCACACAACUCUUCACCUCUGCCUGGGUUAUAUAAAAAAAGACAUCUGACCACAGUGGAGAGAGUGAGUUUAGGUUUUUAAAGUAUAUAUUUUACCUUUUUGUUUGUUUUUCCUUUUGCCUACGACAGCCCAGGGAUUUUUUUUCCUCGUUAAAAUAUGCAAAAUGACCUAUUGUACAAACAUACUGUGAAUCCUGAGUACGGAAUCUGUUUUUAUAUCUGUGAUGUUUCUAAAAAAAUGUUUUGGAAAGAAUAAAACCGACAGAGUUUCUAUAAAA